AUGGCCGCCGAAACUUAUGUAAGUCCUCUCGAGGUGGAUGCGACGAUUGCUCCGUGGAAUGCUGACCGUGAUUUGCAGGAAGCAUGGGGCGAGGCACAAGGCUCGCCAAUGUCACCAACGCGCCCACCCAGCGUGCGCAAACGUCAAAGCAUGCAGAUCAUGGACUUGCAAUCGCAACUGGACCAGCUUGCUGCGCAAAACACGUCGCUCGAAGAUGCAAGGACUAAGGCUGAGGCGACCCUGCAGGCUGCACAGCACCAGCGCCAAGUCGACGAGCAGCUAGUAGCCGAGGCGGUAGAAGCACGUGAUCGUGAGAUCCACCAGAGAGACAUCGACAUUGCGCAGCUCAAGGACACGCUCCAGAGACUGCAAGAAGAGAUUGCGAGGCUAACCGUGCUCAACAACACACUCACCGAGGCUAACCGCAACCUCACCAAUGAUGCCAACGAACGAUAUGCCCAGCUUCAGUCAGAAGGCCAACUUGUCCAUCAACAAUGGCAAUCAUCGCAAAGGGAGUUGGAAGAGCUUCGCACAAAACACACCCAGAUGACGAGAGGCGUCGAGGAUGUGGUUCGAGACGAGAUUGGUGCUGCUCUCGACGACCGUAAUGCCGAAAUCAGCCGUUUGAACACAGAGCUAGCCAGCGCGCGGGAGCAGGUCAAGACCUUACAGAAGCAGAUCCUGGCGUCCAAGAAACCCGGCGAAAGCUUUCUCACCAUUCGUGAUGAGGACUACUUCGACAGCGCAUGCCAACAACUCUGUCAGCAUGUCCAGCAAUGGGUGCUACGCUUCUCCAAGUUUUCGGACACCAGACCUUGUCGUCUAUCGUCUGAGGUCUCUGCUGAUACAAGGCUCGAUACUGCAACGCGCCAGAAGAUUGACACUCGCUUAGACAACGCCGUUCUUGAUGGCUCCGAUGUCGAUUCGCUUCUAGCAGAUCGUGUGAAGCGGCGAGACGUAUUCAUGUCGGUCGUCAUGACGAUGAUCUGGGAGUAUGUCUUUACAAGAUACCUCUUCGGUAUGGACAGAGAACAGCGACAGAAGCUCAAGUCGCUAGAGAAGACCUUGUCAGAAGUUGGUCCAACUCGCGCCGUGGCUCAAUGGCGAGCGAUUACACUUACACUUUUAUCGAAGCGGGAGCCCUUCAUGCAACAGCGCGCCCAAGAUACUGAAGCUGUUGUCCAUGAAAUCUACAGCACUCUCUCCACGCUUCUUUCGCCGCCAUCCCACCUACAACGACAAAUCCAGGAGUCCUUGCGCAACGUAAUGCGCUUAGCUGUUGAACUAUCAAUCGAAAUGCGCACACAGCGCGCAGAAUACAUCAUGCUCCCACCGCUACAACCAGAGUAUGACACCAACGGCGACCUAGUCGCGAAAGUAACAUUCAACGCCUCCCUGAUGAACGAGCGGUCUGGGGAGACCACAUCCAAUGACGAACUGGAAGCACGUGCAGCAAUAGUCAAGAUCGUACUGUUCCCACUAGUCGUCAAGAAGGGCGACGAUUUUGGCGAAGGCGAGGACGAGAUAGUAGUCUGCCCUGCGCAGGUCCUGAUUGCAAAACCACAGAAGAAGAAGGUGGUACGCGUAAUGAGUGGAGCAAUGUCCAUCGAUCGCCCGAGCUCAAGAGCGAGCCGUAUGAGCCGCAUGACGAGUGUUGCGCCUGAGAGCUCGGUCAUGGAUCUAAGUGGUGCUGGGAGCAAUGUGAUAUAG